AUUAUCAUCAUGCAUCAUCAUUUUAUUAUUGAUGUUUUUCCAUAUAGAAAAAAAUGUUUCAGCAACUAUAUUUCGACCAUUAGUCGAUGUCAAAGGAAAUGAUGCAAUACGUCAAAUACGUGUUUUAUAUGAUUUACAUGAUACAUCAUCAAUGAAAAAUUCAAUAAAAAAAUUCAAUACAAGAAUGACAUUUGAUGAACAAAGAAAAUUUUUCAAUAAACCAAUACCAAAUGUUUUAUAUCCAUGGACAACUGGACAAAGAAUAUUGAUUAAUCAUCAUCAUCAUCAUCAUCAUCAGCAUCCGGAAAAACAUUUCAUUUAUAAUCGACAAUCAUCAUCACAACCAUCAUCAUCAUCAUCAUUAGCAAUGAAAUCUAAAGAUUUAUCCAUCAUUCAAUUACAAAGAGGUAGACCAAUGUUUACCGAAAUUGAUUUCAUUCCAAGAUAUAUACCUGAAUGGACUAGCCAUGUUGCAAUUAGUGUAACAUUACCAGCACAUAUACGUGGUAAACCAUGGAUACUUGGCUAUCAUCAGGAACAAUUUCCAUCACCUAACUGUAGACUUUGUACAAAUUCCGAACAAUCUUAUACAGUACCUGUAACAUUAUUUUUACCCGAUGAUGGUUGGUGUCCUGAAGGUGGUGUACAAACAAUUUGGAAAAUUGAAGCACUUCAACAACAACAUCAAGACAAACAACAACAACAACAACAACAACAACAACAACAACGACAACAACAAACAAUAUUAAAUGGUGAAAUUAUUCAUAAAAAUCCAGAAUCAUUUAAAUAUCAAAGACAAAUUGAUCAAACUGAUUUAAUAUUAGCAUAUGGUUAUGAUGAAUUGAAACAAAUUUAUAUAAAAAAUAGUAUUAAUUCAACUAUUUGUCGUGAUAUUCAUGAGGCAAUAGUUGCUUAA